AUGCUGAACUUAACGUUCUUUGACGACAACGGAAGCUUUUGUCGUAUCCAGGAAGCCUUCACCGUUGCCUCGGUGAUCAACCCGCUGAUGGCCAUAGGCAAGCUGUUUCGAGAAGGUUGGGAGUUGCGAGUUAACGAAGAAGAAGGUAUGUGUCUUACAGAUGGAAGCUCAAGAAUACCAGUGCAUCUCCACAAGAACAGCUUGGCAGCCUACGCCUACGUACAAACUCCUUCAAGAAGCAGAGGUUACAGCAGCAACAACUACAAGAUGGUUCGCACUGUUGUCCAACUCAACAAGCAUGUUCAGGAAGCAGUGAACAAAGAUGAACCUGGUUGGCACAACACUGACAGCAUGGUGAUCGUGAAGUACGCUACUCAAAGCAGCUAUGAGAACCCAUCUCUCAUGUAUAGCCCUACGCAUUUUCCGUACAGAAGCACUUUGGUGAAAGAAGAGAGAGGAUGGAGAGCAGUCGAAGUUUCAAGAAAGUACUCCGAGAAGGCAGACCCUUUUGAAGAGUUUGGUGAAGGAGAAAAAGAAGUGGUUACAGCCAUUUCAGCAAAGCCAAUUCCACUUUGGAUCCUUGGCACUCCUUACGCAGCUGGAGAUCGAGCAGACCAAGAAAGCCAUGGUCGUGACUACUGGAAGAUGGAUCUUGAGAAGGAAGAAGUUGUUCGUCACCACGUAGUACCAAGAACUGUUUUGUUCGACCCGACAGGUGUUUCCAACUGUCCUGUCCUCCUUGGAGAUCUCGAGAACAGCAGAUAUACCCAAGGAGACUGUAUCUACAGUACAGAAAUCUACGAACACAGUGACGACUGGAGAGCAGACCGCCUACCUCUACGUGAACACUUUCGGUUGCCGUGGUUUGGUCAAACAAGGUUUCGAGUUAAGCCAGAAGUUGUUGAAGACCUGAAGGCAGAAGCUGCAGCAGAGGAGCUAAAGAAGAAGAAAGAAGAGCACUACCAAGAGAAGGAAGACUCAGCAGCACCACCAGCAGCAGAAGAGAGCAAAGAUGAGGAGAUGAGAGAAGCACAAGCAGACCAAGAAGCACCACAAGAAGUUGUUGAAGUUUUGGAGGAAAGCUUCUACCACGAAGGCGUCGAGUACACAGCACAAAGAAGCAGUCUCAAAGAACUACAAGCACUUUGCAGAGAGUACGGAGUCAAGACCACAGGAAGUAAGAAGCAGCUCUUGAAGAGACUCGCCACAGCAGUCAGAGAAGAAAGGCUCAGCACGCAACACAAGGAACAACGGGAACACCACCAAGCAUACCAUCUAGCACCACCACAGGAACCAACGGAAGAGGAGAGAGCGUACCACAACUUGACGCACCUUCCGUAUCAGCCUUGGUGUCCCCAUUGCGUUGCUAUGAAAGCACGAGAAGAUAACCACAAGAAGGGAUUAAGCAAGCCAAGCAGCUCUACGGAUUCCGCGAAGCCCGUCAUCAGUUUUGACUUUUGCUAUACAAGCACCACAGGAAGUGAAGAGCCACCUGCAGUGACUCUUGUCGCUGUGGACAGCUGGAGUAAAGCAGUCUUGGCAGUGCCCUGCAAGAGGAAAGGAGGAGCAGGAAGCACAACGCACCUCGCGGAAGCACUCGUGCAGUUCACCACGCAGCUCGGGUACAAUGCCCUCGUUCUCAAAGCAGACAACGAGAACGCAGCCAAAGCACUCAAAGACAAAGUACAGAAGGUACGCAGCAGCCUUGGAUUUUCUACAACACUACAGGAAAGCAUUCCUUACGACCACGAGAGCAAUGGAGCCGCAGAAAGAGCAAUACAGACAGUACGGAGGCAAGCGAACACUAUUCUUGAUGAGCUCAGAGAAAGAACACAGCUAGGAAUACCGCAUGAGCACGCAGUAGUAAGCUGGGCGUUUCGACACGCCUGCUGGCUACUCAACAGGUUCGCAGUCAGUAGCUCCACAGGAAGAACGCCACAGGAAGUUAUCCACGGAUACCCCUACUCAGGGAAGCUUGUACCCUUUGGUACAGUUGUGAUGGCGAAGAGGUUGAAGAUCAAAAGAAAAGGUGACAGGAUAUGGAACGCAGGAAUAUUCUUAGGCAAGACAGAGCAAGACACAUGGAUCGUUGCACAGCCUGAUGGCAUACAUAUCACACGCAGCGUGAGACCACUACCAGAACAGUACGACUCCAAGAGAACAAGCAGCAUAGAGGUCCAUACCUGGAACCUCAACACACCACUCCUUGGAGCAAGAAUACUUCCAGAGAAGAAGCAAAGACAACGACCACAGCUAAGCAUCCUGCCCCCUGUUGCCGAGGAAGAACGCGAACAGCUCGAGAACGACGAGGCCGCGAGCGACCCUCCGAGUUCGGAGGAUAGCAGUGAAGAGCAACAACAAGCACUUGAAGACAGAGAGGAACAAAGCGAAGGCAGCAGCAUGAGUGUGACGAGAGACAGAAAGAGAAGAGCUGAGGUUGAUGAUGACACCCUUUUGGAGGAACUCAGAGCAGGUGAACCACUCACAGCCUCAGCAGAAGCACUUUCAGCACCAGCUGAACCAAGAGCAGAAGCAAGCAAGCACAGUCUUGAGCCUGAGGAACCAAGCUCACCCAGCAAGCUAAGAAAGCAGGUCAACAGAGCAGAGGAAACAGACGGUUACCUCAACAUGCCUCAUGAUGAUGAAGUCUACGAAGCAGAUGAUGAGUUUGUGUACGAGUCGGAAGAAGAAGAAGAGGAGACAGAGAGUGAACCAGCGGAAGUUUCUACCAAGGUCCCUGUCGAGUUCUUCGACGAGGAGAAAGGACCACCGAAUGUGGAUCCAGAUUUUCUUCAGAAGUUGGAUGAUGAAGCUACAGUCAAAGAAAUCAAGAGGUUAACAAAGAUGGGAGUUAUUUCUUUGGUUUCUACGGAUCCUCAAGAAGCAACUGAGAACGUACCUCUGGUAGAUUCAGAACAAGAACUUCACAAGUGGUUGACAACGAAGUUGGUGAAAGAUUGGAGGUUCAGAGAAGCUACAGGUUUUGAAGUUGACGAAGCCACAGCAGGAACAACAAAGCCCAAGCAGAUUCAAAGAUGCUGGCAGCGACGAAUUACGAAACUGGUACCCAUGUUGGCUCUCGCCAACAAUUGGGCGAUCUACAGUGUCGACGUGAAGGACGCGUUUCUACAAGUCAACGCGACGCAUCCAGUCUUUGGUCAGACUUUUGUGAUGGCAGCUUACGUACAACACGUACCUUUCGCCGCAGCUCAAGAAGUAGCAAGCUCAAAAGAAGUCCCAAGCAGUCCUGGAAGCAUGUCGCUUCUGGAAGUCCUGGUGACGCUCGCCAUGGUGUGCAUGGCGGCAUACUUUGUCGUCAACGAGAUGAGAAAGCCGCAGAAGCACAAGAAGUCUAAGAAAGAGGAGAGAAGCAGCAGUGAAGAAGAAGAAAGCAGCAGCUCAGAAAGCAGACGAAGAGCCGAAGACAAAAGAAGGAGGAAGAAAGCAGAGAGAGAAGCGAGGACUGAAGCUCCUGCCGCUCAGGUGAACUACGACGUGGACUCCUUCGACGAGGCAAAGAAAGAAGUGACAGAGAAGGCAGAGAAGUUGAAGAAGGUUGAGGAAAGCCUGGAGAAGGAAAAGGAGGAGUUCGGAAACCAGAAGACAGAGUUUGAGGAAACAGUGAAAAGGUUUUUGAAGAAGCAGAAGGAGGUGAAGGAAAAGGAAGACAAAGUUGCAGAGAGAGAAGAGAAGUUAGAGAAAGACCAAGAAACCCUCCAAGAGCAAGCCAAGGCCUUAAGCGAGAAGGAGACAGCCCUUGAAGAAGCUGAGGAGAACGUCAAAGCAAAGGAAGCAGAGGUUGAGAAGAAGAACAAAGAGGCAGAGAAGAGAGAGAGAAAAGCUCAGGAAAGAACCGCCGGCUACGACCAAGAGAGAGAAGAGUACGCCAAGAAGUACGUGGACGACGUAAAGAAGGACUUGGAGAGAGAGCUUAAAGUACUAAAGCAAGAAGAGAAAGUAAGGAACCAAAAGCUCGACGACCUCCAGUACGACUACAAGAGCCUCAAGGACGACUACCAGUACUUCAAAGCUUACUCGCAGGAAGUGGACGCACUUCUACUUGCAGCUAAGGACAAGAUCGUGAAGUACAAGAAGAAGGUCAAAAGCCUCAAGGAAACCAUAGGUGCAGCCUUGUCAGGAAGUGAAGGUGAAGAAGAGACAGACGAAGCGUACAAGACCAAAGCAGAGGAAGAGAAAGAGAAAGCAGAGGCUAAGGCAAAAGAAGAAGAGAAAAAGAAAGGAAAGAAGCCAAAGCAGGUAGAGACAGAAGACCCAGAAGAGAAGCCCUCAAGCAACCAAGGAGACGAGAACACCUUCGACCCGAACGACAUAGCCGAGUUCACGCAGCUUGGUUACGUGUGGGAGUUUAACAAGAAGACGCAAGAGUACCGCGCGAAGUGCGAGGACAAGAAAGGAGCCGCAAGAAUCAAGAACGCUCCGGUGAAAGGUCGCCUCCUUUGGAACAAGGUGACGGAGUGCUACAGAAAGCACAACGUGUGGUUUACAGACGGAAAGGAAUUAGAUAGAUUCCUCGAGACCAAGGAGAACGAGAAGAUCGAGGAAGAGGUGCAGCGACGCAUCCACGCGAAGGGCAAGCACGACAACGACAGUUGGUGGUACAACGAGCAGUGGAACAACGAGAACUGGAACACCACCGACGACGGCAGCAACUGGUACGAGAACGCGAACCCACAGAACAAAGGCUACUGGCAGACGCCAGAAGAGUGGGCGCAGCAGAACCAGUGGGAGCAGUGGACACCCAAAGGAAAGAGCAAAGGCAAGAAGUCCAAGAACUGGGUACAGACCCAGUGA